GAGAUGUUGAAAAAGAAGACAUAAUGAAGUUGUUGUUCCAAGUCUAUCCAACUGAAAAUCAGAUGGAUGUGAUUCCAAUUGUGGGUAUGGGCGGGAUUGGUAAAACUACCCUCGCAAAGUUGAUCUACAAUGACAAGAGGGCGAAGGCAUGGUUUGAUCUCAAAGCAUGGGUGUGUGUUUCAGAGGAAUUUGAUGCUUUCAGGGUAACCAAAACUAUUCUUGAAGAGAUAACUUGUAGCUGUGAUGGUAGUCAGAACUUAAAUCAGCUUCAACUUCAACUAAAGGAGAAGCUGUUGGGAAAGAAGUUUCUAUUUGUAUUGGACGAUGUUUGGAACGAGAAUUAUGUUGACUGCGAAGAGCUGAUAAGUCCUUUUGCUUAUGGGGCACGAAACAGCAAGAUUAUCGUAACAACACGUAAUGAAAGUGUUGCAUCCAUUUUGAGGACUGUUCCAACUUAUCAUCUUAAUAUCUUAUCUGAUGAUGAUCGUUGGAAGCUAUUUACAAAACAUGCAUUUGUUGAUAGAAGCCCAAGCAUGCAUCCAGAUCUGGAGGUAAUUGGAAAAGCAAUUGCCAAAAGAUGCAACGGCCUCCCUUUGGCUGCAAAAACACUCGGAGGUCUUCUGCGUUGUAAACCAGACUCUGAUGAAUGGAAUAAAAUAUUAAAGAGCAAUUUAUGGGACAUAGCAAAUAAUAUUCUUCUGGCAUUAAGAUCAAGUUAUUAUUAUUUUCCUUCGCAUUUGAAGCGUUGCAUUGUAUAUUGUUCACUUUUUCCUAAAGGUAAUGAAUUCAGGAAGGAAGAACUCAUUCGAUUAUGGAUGGCUGAAGGUCUUAUAGAGGCUUCUAAAGAAAAUGUCAAUGCAGAAGAACGAGGUAACGAGUACUUCAAAGAUUUAACGUCGAGGUCUUUUUUUCAACAAGUAGGUGGGGAUAAAUCUUGCUUUGUCAUCCAUCAUCUAAUUCAUGAUAUGGUUCAAUCUCUAUCCGGCGAAUUGUUUUGCAGAUUGGAAGGUAGUGAUGGUUCAUGUGAAAUAACUAAAAAGACACGUCAUUUGUCCAAUGUCCCAAAAUCAUAUGAUGUGCUUAAGAAAUUUGAGGCAAUAUCCAAAGCAAAGAGUUUGCGAACAUUUUUAACUUUAGAGUUAUCUCCACGCUUUUGUUACCUUACCAGCCAGUUGAUAGUAAAAUUUAGGUACUUACGAGUACUUUCUUUUGCUAAAUAUGCUGAUAUCAAUGAGUUGCCCCAAAAAAUUGGUAAUUUGAAUCUUUCGGAAACUUCAAUAAAAAGGUUGCCGAACUCUUUGAGUAGAUUGUAUAGUUUGCAAACAUUAACAUUGUUUUAUUGCAAAUACCUUGUUGAGUUGCCCAAAGACAUGGGAAGAUUGGUCAACUUGCAGCAUCUCAAUAUUCGAGGAACAAAGUUACUAAUGAUGCCACAAGGAAUGGGCAAAUUGAAAGACCUUCGGACAUUAACAGAUUUUGUUUUAGGCAAGCAAAAUUGUUCAACCAUCAAUGAGUUGGGAAAGCUGGAGCAUCUAUGUGGAAGACUAGCCAUUUCGGGUUUGCAAAAUGUUGUAAGUGCAAGGGAUGCCAAAGAUGCCAAUUUGAAGGAUAAGAUGAACCUUAAGGAGUUGGAGUUGAUAUGGAGUGAGGAUGAUCUUAUUGAUGAUUCAAGGCAUGAUAGAGAAGUAUUUGAAUAUCUGGAGCCUCAUACAAACUUGGAGCAUCUUGUUAUUAGGUGUUAUAGAGGUACAAGAUUUCCAGAAUGGGUGGGGCAUUCUUCAUUCUCAAAUGUAGUAUCUGUGGAGUUAUGUGAUUGCAAAUAUUGCUUCUUCUUGCUACCGCUUGGGCAACUAUCAUCUUUAAAAUCUCUCUCAAUUAAAAGGUUUUCCGCAGCAGUAACAGUCGGUGAUGAGUUCCGUGGGUACUAUGAUGCUUCGAGUAAACCGUUUGGAUAUCUUGAAAUUCUAAGAUUUGAGGAUAUGCCUGAGUGGGAAGAAUGGUUUUAUUCAAAAGAUGAAACUUUCUGUCUUCUGCAAGAGCUAAGCACAAGAAAUUGUCCCAAACUAAUCAAGUCUGUGCCCAAGCACCUGCCAUCUUUAACCAAACUUGUGAUUGAAAAUUGCGGGAAGCUUGGAGGCUUGCUUCCAAAUGCACCAAGCCUUUGCCAACUUGAGUUAGAGAAAUGUGAUGCAUUGCAAUUGGAGCCAUCGCCUUGUGGGCUUCGAGAGUUGCAAAUUAAAAGUUCGAAUAUAAAUGAUUCCAUAUUGGGCCAGAUGAUGCAAUACUGCACUCGUCUUGAAAAGUUAACUGUGUGGUAUUGUUCUAAUCUCAGAUCCCUUCCUGAAGGCAAUCUGCCUGUCACGCUGAAGCAAUUGAACAGACAUAAAGGGAAAGAUGGAAAUGUAUCUAAUGCUUCUGACUCUUCUGCUGAAAACCAACGGCUGAACAAUCCCACUUCCUACUACACUUCAUGGCCUCAAAGUUAUAGGCAGUCUAUUGAUCUGUAUAGUAGUGUACCAUCUACGAAUAUCAUGUUUUUGGGCACUCCUACUGCUUCAAGUUUAAGCCGUUUGUUUCUUUCCUCAUCGCUUACAAGAAGACAUACUCCAGAAUCAUUAUAUGCAGUGACAAAACCUCUACUACCAACUCUAAAUGAUCAAAUACAACCUCAAAGACAUAGCUCACACUCUCUGUUACCGCCGAUCCAUCAAGGAGACAACCUGGAUGACAAUGUGCAAAGCUUUCAAAUCAAUCAAGAAAAACUUCUUUUACUGCUUUGGUCUCAUGCUAGUAUGAAAUCAGUGACUACCAUAUUCUCUAGUCCAUUCCAGCAACACUGUCUUCCUUUCCAUGAUUCAUUCAGUUUAAGGACUACUCAAAGACCUUGGACAACUGCUCCUCUGGAAAGAUUUCCCAAUUUGAGGGUUUUCCUGAGUACGAUCCUAACUGCCAUGGCAAUCCAUGAGUUGGAGUUGGUAGAAUUUGAUUCCUUGGUUUUUGAGGGAAAAUUAGAGAUUUCAUCCUCCCAGCUCAAGGAACUAGCAUUAUGUCAUUCCUAUGAAGAGAUGUAUAGUUCCCCAAUUAACCCUGGUUUUUUAUCCAACGAAACAGUUAAAGAAAUAGAAGCUAUAUUUUCACAUAUGACAAAAAUCAGAUGGAAAAGGAGCACCAUUAAACAUCCGUUCCCCGAAAUGAGAAAGGCAAUGAUUGGUGUCAAAUUUGGACAUUUAGAUUGUUUCACUUCUGAAUUCAUAUCUUAUACUUGCAUUGACCUUUUAUAUAGUAUAUUUGUUUCCGCCUUUAUAGUUUGUAAUGGAGAAGAAGCUGCAAUAGGCAUCCAUUCCCUGAAUCGAGAAAAGCAAAGAUUAACACCAAAGGUUUUCAAGUUAUUGGAUGUGUUAGCAGGGCUUGGACUUCGGAGAUCUCACCAAUUAAAUGGAUUUCACACAUUCUUUACAGAUAUCCGAUCUGGUAUGUUCUUCUCUGGUUCUUCCGCCAAAGUACCUAAAAAAAAUUCAAAUGCAGAACAACGCUCAUAUUGUUGCUUCUAUGGCUGGCAGUUGCUACUUGAGGUCAAUAACACCCACAACGCCAAGUCCAUGCCAGGCAGAAGGAGUGCUCCACAGAUUCAGCAGGAGAGAGAAGGUGUGGAAGAAGACCUGCUCAAACACAUUGUGUAUGCAAAUUGGAAAAUGAACUGCUUAUCAUCAUUUCUGGAUUCUUGUUAG